AGUCCUUUAACGUCACAGUUGUUCAUUUCAUAUUAAAUAUUGGUUAAAUACGCUAUAUUUUGCGGCUGCAACGUGUGAAACUAUACAACAAGCUCAACAGGAAUGAAUAACUCAGCAAAACGGAGUGAAAGCAUUGGAGGCAGAGGAACAGCGGAGUGUUUGUGUGGAGCUGCAGGCCUGGGACAGCAGCAGCAGCGGCAGCGAGGAAGCUAACGGCUAAAGCUGCUCACAGGCUGUAAUCCCCGGAUGAAACCAUCAUGGCUGCCAGUCGAUGAGCUGUCAAGCUCUCCACAAAAGAAAAAGAAACCAGAAGAAACAUGGAUGUUUGCACAGCCACCUCAACGGGCCACAGAAAACGGCAAGUCAGCAAGAAGAAUAGAAGCUGGCACAGACGGCUCCACCUCAGGAAAACUGUAGUUCAGCCCCCAGCUAUGCAAAGCCAAGAUAAGAAUGGGCCAAAGAAGAUAGCGAAGAAGUGGGAGCAGACCAGCGUGUGGCCUCCAUCGAAGGAGCCUCCCCGGGAAGCCCGCGUCACAAACGACGGCGGCAGUACGCUCAGGUUCCCCUGCUCUCAAUGCGGGGACAACUCGGAUUAUGCCCCCAAAGACCUGGCGAGGCACUUCAUGGAAAAACAUGGAGGCAGUCCACCCGUUUUUUCCUGCCAUAUGUGCACCUUCAGCGCCCAUGAAUUCUCCUACCUUCAGGUUCACCUGCUAAGCCACAAAGACACUUUUUCUACCUGCAGCAUGUGCAACGACAACGUUCAGCGCACCUGGCCUGAGUUUAGUGCACACCUGACUAUGUAUCACUGCUCGGACGGGAAGUAUUCAUGCGAAACCUGUAAGAAAUUCUCAACAUGUGACUUUCGGGUGUUUCUAGACCACAUAUAUAAGCAUAAUUUUACCGUUGAAGAAAAAGAAGUUGGUGGUCGUCAGUUCUGCGGCGGCGAGGCGCCAGAGAAAUGGUUGAUCAAUAAGAGCGUUAAAACUGCUCAUGUUUGCCAGAAUGGCAAACAGAGGAAAGAUGGGAGGCAAAUUCAUUCCAUAGCAAUGAAACCAAAUGAGCGGAUCCCCAGAGUGAAGACGAGGUUAACGAGAAGCACAGUGAGGGACACCUGCUGGUUGACGCAGGACUGUCUGUCGCUUCCCGGGAAGGAGUUUCUGGAUAAAUACUGCCAUCUUUCUGACGCACAGACAACGUUAGAAGAGACUCAGCAGUUUUUGAUGCAAUCUGUCGCCGGGGAAACCGACGACCAGAAGUGGACCAAGGCUCUCAAGUCCGUUCUGUCAAACGUCCCUCAGAAAAACUCAGAAAACGGCAUCGCGCCCAACACGUCAGAUCUCGCCGUCCUCACGGUCAAGAACAAAAUAACGCUAGCUCAGAACGGUGCUGCUUACGCGAAAAGGUUGAAAAUGGCCUCCACAGAUAAGGAACCUACCUGUCCCCAAAGCGCCGAUGGCGACUCUUUGUGUGCAAGUGACCAGAACGGAUUUAAUCCAAAUCUGAAAAACCAGGCGCCUUGUUUGACUGAAAACAAAUUGCGCAGUGACUUCUCGUCGUCUGGCGCUGGGACGCAGGAAAACCGGGAGAACCGCAAAUUAAAGACUGAUUCAGAGAUCCAGGAAAACGGUGAAAAACUGGAAGAGCCUGUAGACGACGUGGGCAUCUGCAAGUCGAGUGAUUUAAAAUUGCCGAAUGAGAGUGAGGGGAAGAUGAAGAAACGACGGCGGAGAAGAAAAGCCAGGUUUAAAAAAGUGCAAAGAAAACCAGAAGGAAAGGUCUUAAAGAUUGUCGUAAAGGGGAAGCAGUGGGUUUCUCAAAGCUCUUCAUCUCUAAAACAUGUUGAGAUCGAUGGUCAUGUGGAGCCGCCAAAUCCUCAGCAAAACACCAUCAAAGGUUCCCCGGUGGGCCUUCCUGAUCCGCCUAGACGAACUGCAAUCUCUGACUCUGUCCGACCAACGGAGGCUGAAGAUACUACGACGGAAAAUGAACAUCGAGACGAUCUGGAGGAGUCGCAGGAUUUCUCAGACAAAAGUGGAUCUGCUGAGGGAACAAGCGAGACGAAUACCGUGGCUGCAUCAGUGACCUACGUGGGGACGCCUCACGAAGAGCCGGCGCUACAAAAAUCCAACGAGGAGACGGAGGAGACGAGAAGUCCUGCUGCUUCUUCGCCACAUGUGGAGGAAAAUUUGGACUCGAGCCUUGAACGUCCAUCAGAGCAAAGUGAUCAAGGGUCAAGAUGCGAAGAGGAGUCGACAGAAUUCAUCCAGCAUCUCCUGAGCGGCGUCCGGUCACCUGAAGCUGAAGCGAGUCAGCGGGAGCCGUCAGCGGGGGCGGCUAGGCCUCAGUGUCAGCUGGUUCCGAAACAUCAGCCGAGAACGCUGAGGUUAGUCGCCAUAAAUCCAUCCCAGCCAGUCAAACGUCCGGCGGGAGACCAGCCCGUCGUGGUGCUGAACCACCCGGACGCCGACAUCCCCCAGGUGGCCCGCAUCAUGGAGGUCGUCAACAAGUACAGGCAGGUGCGGAGGGUCCUGCUCUCCCGGCAGACUCUCAGGGCUCUAUCGGUUCUGAGUGGUGGCGGGGCGGCGGUGAUGACGGACGAUCAGGGCAAGAACUCGGUGCAGGAGAGGUUCACCCUGAGGCUGAAGUUCCGCAGGGUGAGCAGGAAAAAGUACGAAAUCGUGGGCGUGGCGUCGCCCGGCCGGGACGCCUCGUCGAGGGUCUCCUGCUGGUUCUGCGGCCGGGUGUUUGCAAGGCAGGAGGAGAUGAUGCUCCACCGGCAGCGCCACCUGAUGGACUGGAGGAAGCCAAACUGUGAAAAGUCUUAAACGUCACACACACUGGAUGGGGAGGGGGGAAGGAAAAUUAAAUCUGGAAAAAAACACUGCAAAAACACAAAAUCUCACCAAAUAUUUUUGGUUUAGUUUAUUUUUUAAAUAUUGUACUACACUUUAAACAAGACAGAACUAACUAAUAUAUAAUCUUUUAGUUAGUUUGAGUCAGUAAUUCUUAAUGUUGAUGAAAAAGUUGACACUUAUAACAUGGGAAAAUAUCUUGUUAUAAGGGAAAUAAUCUGCCAGUGGAACUCGAACUGAGUUGCUAGGUAACGGGCUGGGCUUGACUGGCGUUGCUAGGU